GUAUUUUCAACGAGUAAUAUUCUGACACACACACACACACACACACACACACACACGCACACACAGCUAAAUCAACAGAAUAUUGUCCUAUACAUGGUGCCAAAAUCGCCUGUCCGUCAUUUGCUUGACGCUUUAUGUUAGUGGAACCCAAGAGACAAAGACACAGACAGACAGUUUCAUGAAUGGGUAGAGUUGAUACUGUUUCCAUCUGACAAAGAGAAGAUAGUUGGCAGUGGUGAUGAUAAAGAGAAGUGUGGACAUUAGGUAGCUACUGAGUGUGAGGGGCAGAGUGGGGAGGAGCAGACGUAGGAAAGGUAUUGGCAACAACAGGAUGUGAAGUUUCCGGCGCUGUACGGAGCGAGCAGCUGUGGUGAAAGUGGUAACCAAGGAGAGGAUUAUAACGACUGGGAUGGAACGUCAGAAUGGUGAGGCUGAUAAUGGAGGGUAAUGUUGGCGAUGGGAAACGGAUGGUGCAGGGAUGGUGCAAGUGGUCGCCUGAUAAGGUUGUAUGUUGGUGGCGGGGACGUGCUUGGGGAUGAGGCCGCGAGGAACGUGAGCCUCGUCAUCAAGUACAAGUGGGAUUGGUAUGGGAAUUAUAAGCCGCUCUCUGCUUUCUGCAUGACGAGCAGCCAUCAGAGCCUCAGCAUCACAGGGCUGCCUAUGGGAACCUAUGUCAAUCCCUCCUAUGACACUAAAGACUCUUACAAGACGGCGAUACUGAGCAAUCUCUACAACAUCUUAGGCGUGACUUGCUCUACCAGAGGCAACCAGCCUGUCAUCAGUCCGCUCAUUCAUGCUCAAGCACUCCUCACUCCUGACCGUCGCAAAGUUACCCUCAACAAAGGUGAAGAUCUCCAGCUUCAGCUGUCAAGCUAUUAUCACAUCACCAGCGUGAAGUGGCGGAAGGAGUCCUCGCAAAACCCAGCAUGGGAAACAGCAACACUUACCUGGGACAGGAAACUUACCAUUCCUUCAAACAAACUCAAGGGAUCCGGCCUGUACUCGGUCGUUCCGCAAUCCUGGAACGGUGAACUCACAGCAGAGCAGUACGGUGUUUUCGUCGUUGUGGUGAGAGAGUGUCCGGCGCAGCGCUACGGCAGGGAGUGCGAGGAGUGGUGCCCGGACUGUCUGCACGGCGGCGAGUGUGACGCAACGAGUGGGGAGUGUCUGUGUCCCGCUGGGGUGAUGGGGCAUCGCUGCCAGACACGGUGCAACGAUAGCUUCAUCGGGAGUAAUUGCGCCGUGCCUCUGCAAACCGCUGAACCUAAAGGACAGGUGGUGUGUACGGGCGGCCUAAUGGGAUGCACCUGCGCCCCGGGUUAUCACGGCAAGAAGUGUGAGCAUGAGUGCCCGGAUGGCAGAUGGGGCGUGGACUGCAAGCAGACCUGUUCAGAGUGUGAGAGAAAGUGCUCCUCUUCUAACUGUGAGAGUUGCUCCCUUUGGGGACACUGUAAAGGAACAGAAACCAGGCUGUGUGGGCAAGGAGAUCUCGGGCUACCGCGCCUCCGUCAGCCGCCCAGCGUGUCCUCUGAGACGCCCCACGGCGCUAUUGUAUCCUUCACGGCCUGGAAGCCAGAUUAUGACGACGGCGAGUUGCCCCCCGGCGGUACGAUCCUCUACUAUUUGAACUUGACCAGCGAUACAAACACUGGCACAACAAUACCUGUGAAUGCUACCUCCACCGAGCUAUUUAACCUGACGCCAGACACGACCUACCACGUGAAGGUGUUAGCGGCGGUGAUGGUGAACGGCCGCCAGUGUGACGCUGGUAGUGACAGGCGAGGCAGAGUGCACACCGCCACCUUCACCACCCUUCCUUGUCCAGCUCCUCCCCAACCUGAAACCUUCACCUCCGUGGUACCAAGUAACACUAGCCUUGAUGUGCAGUGGCAGGAGGUGAACUACGAGGAUGGUUGUGAUCAUUAUUACUACUACUUGCUGAUCACCCCAGACGCCUCAGGAAAACACCGCUACCGCCUGAACAACCACAAGAAGAAAGUUGAAGGCCUGCAAGCAAACACUGAAUACACUAUUAGCCUUCAAACUUGUGACCAGAAGUGGAAGCAUUGUAGUUCUUUCCUCAACACCACAAGUAGAACACUUCCUGGCAAUCUAUUUAUUUACAAGGACCAAGUAUCUCAAGACGAUCAUGUGCUCAUCAGGUGGAGAGCGGCAUCAGGCAAUAUCAACAACCUGAAGUUCCGAACUAAGUACUCGUACGAGAUUGAGCCUGAAGGUUAUGCCGCACCGUCGUCAUGGUCUCACUGGAACUCAAACAGAAGCAGAUUGAUUGAAGUCUUUCCCUUCAGCGUCUUACAGAUGUUGGUGCAAGCUAAGAAUGACGAAGGUGAAGGACAAGUAUGGACCAAGAAAUUUACGAUUCCUCCGUCAGAGCCCGGCCAAGUGAGGGACCUGAGCGUGGAGUCUGGCAUUAAUUUCCUGACGCUGAAGUGGGAGAAACCAGACGAUAAACCACGUAAGGGAAUCCUGGAGUCCUUCAAGGUGUCCUGGAGUGAAAUAGACAAACGAAACACAGAUUGCGUUAUACUGUCAGCAAGUAGAAGGCAGUACAUUAUAAGAAAUCUCAACUUCAACACUGAGUACUGGAUCACGAUACAAGCUAAAAACCAAAACGUAUUGCAAGAUGGCGCCGUGACCACCAUCACCGCCACCACAGACCUGCCCGUCCCUCGUAGAAUCAAGAAUUUGAAAGCUGAAGGAACUGAGUCAUCGUUGACCUUGACGUGGCGAGAACCCAGCAGACAGAACAACCUCAUCAUCUACUACAGAGUCUUGCUGUACAACGCCAGCGGCGUCCUCCAGCAAAAUAUCACCGUGGAGGAAUCACAGGCCGAGCUCGAAGGUCUGAGCCACAGCCAACAGUACCUAGUCAAGGUGGCGGCGUGCAACAAGCGUUAUUGCAGCCCAGUCGAAACGCUGGAACAGCCCGCCCCUCCCAGACUGCAGGAGACUGUGAACCUGGUGGCGUCCAACGACACCACCAUCACCAUCCUGAUGCCCCUCCUCUCCAACCCACCCGGGACUCACACGGUGGUGGUACAGAGAGAGGGACGCGAGCAGCCCACGCAGGACUGGAAGGAGGCACUGAAGGACAAGGCAAUGGCUCUCCUGAAAGAAGGCGGGGUCCGCUCCCAACUCCCACCCAUGCAGGUGGAAGCUGACGGCACAGAAGUGUACAUCGCAGCCAAAGUUGAGCAGGAGGGAGACGAAAGGCUGAAAGUGACGGUGGGUGGCGGCACGACUGCAGGCCAUCUCAGGAACCCCGCCUUGCAUAAGGACGCUGCCUACUGGGUGGUCGUGGUGACGGAGAAACGAAAUGGUGGCUACGUUGUGCGGGUGACCAGUACUCCCAGGAGGUUCGUGGCAAGCACCAGCACCUUCCCGGGAUGGAUUGUUGGCUUGUUCGGUCUGGCGGCUCUGGCAAUAGUAGCGGCGGCGAUGGUGCUGUGUCGCAGAAAAUGCAGGGGCAGGUCGGCAGAAGGGCGGGUCAUCGUCGGCACCCCGGACAGCUUGCCGCAGCCCGUGGACGCUGCCCUGCCCAUGGCGCCAAUCAACGCCGGGCAGACAAACAACUGCACCGAAGAUAUUUACAGCAACGCAACGCAUCAAGUCAAGUUGAAGGACAUCGAGGGGUACCUGCUGAGGGCUGUCAUGUCCAGGGACACCAAGAUUGAGUUUGAGAAUGUUCCUUCCUUCCUGUGCAACGCCUACACUGAGAGCAGCCGUCCAGAGAACCGCAGUAAAAACAGAUACAGGAACAAAGUGCCCUACGACGACACGCGCGUCAUCCUGCCCCUGCACAACCACGUCCCUCACAGCGACUACAUCAACGCCAACUAUGUGCAGAGCCCCACCCGGACUGCUGCCUUCAUCGCCGCGGAGGGGCCCAUGCAAGAGACAGUCGGCGCCUUUUGGAGGAUGGUGUGGCAUACAAACUGCCCCACGGUACUGAUGGUCGCCAAUCUCAUGGAGGGAAAGAAGGUCAAGGUGGCGCAGUACUGGCCCGAGCAAUACCCGUGGACCGUAGAGGGAGUCACCGUCACUCCCACAGAUGUCACUGUCAAGAUGGACUUCGUCAUCCGGACCUUCACCAUAUCAGUGGGGAGCGUUAACAGAAAGGUAAGCCAGUACCAGUACACAGCCUGGCCUGACCACGGAGUGCCCAGCAUGCCCUACGGCCUCGCCCAGAUGAUCAAACUGGUCCGCAGCGAGCAUGCCCACCACAAGCCGGUCGCGGUACAUUGCAGUGCCGGCAUCGGGCGCACUGGCACCGUGAUCCUGGUGAUGUACCUGCUGGAUGAGCUGCAAGCACACGGUGCCAUCACCCCAGUUGAGGCUUUGACGACUCUGAGGCGCGGCCGAGGCAGGCUGGUGGAGAACUCGGAGCAGUACAUCUUCGCUCACCAGGUGCUCCACGAGAUACUAUUUGGUAUGGACACCUCGUACCAGUGUCAUUCUUUCCAAGAGAAUCUGACUGCCCUCUACGCCCAACUGUCUUCUGAUGCGUCCUCGCCACUCAAUCGGCAGUACCAGAAGCUCCAAAGUCUUCCCAAGGACCUGAGCUUUAUAUAUGGCAAAGACCCCACCUGUGCCCACCUCAACAGACACCAGGACAUUCUGCCGGCUGACAGCCGCCUGGUGAUGGUGCAGGGCGAGGGCCAAGGGACUGACAGUCAUUACCUCAAUGUGAUCAGGAUCAACACUGUGGAUCGAAAGGACGCGUACCUGGCCGGCGAGCACCCGCAGAGACACACGCUGGGUAAGAUGUGGCGCCUCGUGUAUGAGCGCAGUGUGGCCGUGUGGGUUUUGUUGCACUCCUUCCCCGGCAAUGACCCGGAAUUUCCAGAUGUCGCGUGCGAGUCCUCUGAGAUGCUGGGCAACAUGACUCUCAAGGUUGGUCCAACACAGGCCUUCCAGAACUUCUACGAACGACAGGUGGACAUCAGCGUGAAGAGUCUGGGCCGAGUUAACAACCACAAGUGCCUGCUGCUUAGCCUGCGAGGGUGGCCCGCCACUGACUGCCUGCCCGCCUCCCCAGAGCCUCUCCUUGCAGUCAUUGAGAGAAUGGAGGCGCUCUGCUCCCUGAACCAGCCGCCCCUCUUUACCUGCAAGGACGGCGUGACGGGCUGCGGGGUGAUGGCUGCUCUCCUCUUGGCAGUUUCCCGCACCAAAUUGAUGCAGCAAGUGGACAUCUAUCGUUCGGUGGCGAGUGUCCAGCAAGACAGACCACAGUUUGUGGUGAACCUGGAGCAGUACAUCUUCCUGCACUCAGCCAUGGCCGCCUUCCUCACCUCCAACAACCAAUACGGGAACUUCGCCUGAGUGAGGCGCUCUGCCUGAUGGAUCACUGCGCAACACAACGCAUUCACACCACCCACUGACGCUUGGGUGCCGCAGGGGAGACACAUCUAAAAUGCAAUCCUAGUGUUAGUGGUGAUAGUAGUGGUAGUUGUAGUAAUAGUAGUAGUAGUAGUGGUAGUAGUAGUAGUAGAAUUACUUGUAGUAGUAGUAGUAGUAGUAGUAGUAGUAGUAGUCUCUAGCACGUUAUGUAAAUGCAUUUUGAUCAUGUGUGUGUGUGUGUGUGUGUGUGUGUGUGUGUGUGUGUGUGUGUGUGUGUGUGUGUGUGUGUGUGUGUGUGUGUGUGUGUGUGUGUGUGUGUGUGUGUGUGUGUGUGUGUGUGUGUGCGUGCGUGCGUGCGCGCGCGCGUUACGCUUUACUAUUUUUUUGGAAUCAGUUUUUAGUCUUUUUCUUCUUCAUACGACCUUAAUCCCAGUGUAUUGCAGGGCCAGCCGCUAGAGUUAUCCUUCUCCAUCUGUUUCUGUCCAUUGCAUCAUCUUGCACUCCCAGCUUGUUCAUAUCACUCCUUAUUACGUCUCUCCAUCUUAUUCUCUGUCUCCCAACCCUCCUUCUCCCCCUGACCUCCACCAUCAUUGCCUUCCUCACUGGUUCAUCCUCUUCUCUCCUUAUCACGUGUCCAAAAUAUCUUAGUCGUGCUUCUCUUGCCUUCUCCUUGAUAUUACAUAUUCCACACAUUCUUCUUAUAUCUUCACUUUGUCUCCUUUCUAACAGUGAAAUGCCACCUAUUCAUCUCACCAUCCUCAUCUCCGUUCUCUCCAGAAUGCCUUCCUCUUUCUUCCUUAAAGACCAUGUCUCUGCACCAUACAGAAGUACUGGUCUCAACACACACAGCUGUAUAUCUUCAUUCUCAGCUUCAAUGGUAUUUUCUUAUCUAAGGUUACUCCACUCACUUCCCUCCAUUUUUCCCAUCCAGCUUUUACUCUUUAUCUAACUGUUUUUUUUUUUUUUUUUCUGCUCCUCCUUCUUCAGCAAUUACUGAUCCUAGGUAUUUGAACUCUCUUGUCUGCUUCAAUCUUACGUCAUCCUCUGAUGUUACAUUUAUUUCCUCACAACCUUCUCUGUUGCUUACCAUUACCUCUGUCUUUUGUGUGUUCACUUUCAUUCCCUUUCUCUCCAGGUUGCCUUUCCAUAACAAAUAUCUCUCCUGUAACUCUUCCUCCGUAUCCGCAAUGAUGACUAGCUCGUCGGUGAACAGCAACUCCCACAGUCCUCAUUGUCUCACAUCUAUCGUUAUUGUGUCCAACACUAUGAGAAAGAGAAAAGGACUCAAAGCUGAUCCCUGAUGGAGUCCUACUUCAACUGGGAAGGAUUCCGUUUCCCCAUACCUUGUCUGCACUGUUGUUUUUGCUCCCUCAUACAUCACUUUCACUAGUCUUAUCACCUUUUCUGGCACUCCUCUCUUUCUCAAACUCCAGUACAAUACUUUCCUAGGCACCCUGUCAUACGCCUUCUGCAAGGCCACAAAACACCAAUACGCCUUUCUGUUUCCUUCUAGAUAUUUUUCCUGUAUCUGUCGCACAAUAAAUGUUGCAUCUACAGUGCUCAAUCCCCUCAUAAAUCCAAAUAGGUGCUUGUGUAUUUUAACCAUCUUUCUCAGUCUCCCUUCUAUCACUCUCUCUAGUAUUUUCAGAUUAUGCUCCAACAGCUUAAUACCUCUGUAGUUUUCACAACUUAAUAUAUCUCCUUUCCGCUUAUACAACUUAACCAUUCUACUUUUCUUCCAGUCUUCAGGCAUUUUCUCCGUGCUCCAAAUCUUUUGUAACAAUGAGUAUGUCCACUCCACUCUAAACUCUCCCAGUGCUUUAAUCAUUUCUAUUGUUACUUCAGAUUUUCCUCCUGCCUUGUUAGCCUUUCCCUUCUUUAUGGCUUUAUCCACUUCCCUUCUACUUAUGUUGUGUAUUGGCCCUUCCACUGGUAAUGUUUCACUCAGUUCUUCAUAUUCAUUUUCCAUGUUUAACAGGUCUGAGAAAUAUUCCUGCCAUCUUUUUAUGUCCUCUUCCAUCAUAAAAAUGUCUCCGUUUUGGUCCUUUACUAUUGCUACUUCACCAACAUCUUUCCUCAUUUAAUUUCUUACCUUCGCUACUCUGUAUAUAAUCUUCUCUCCGUCUGGUGUAUCCAGCCUCUCAUACCAAUCUUUGUAUGUAUUACUCUUUGCUCUGGCUACUGCUCUUUUUGCCUGCUUCUUCUUGGCUUGUCUGUAAUUUUCUUUAGUGGUGUCAUUCUCAAUGUCUUUCAUUUGUUUUAGUGCUAACUUCUUAUCCUUUAUUGCAGCUUGAACCUCGUCAUUCCACCACCAUGUAUCUUCCUCUUCUUUUGGUUUCCCACUCGUCUUACCACAAAUCUCUGUUGCUUUUGUUACUAAUAUAUCUUUCAUAUCUUCCCACACCUCCGCUGCUGUUUCUGGUAAGCUGCCAGUUCUAUAUCUUUCCUUGAACGUUUCUUCAACUUUGUUUCUAAACUCAUUCUUCUUUUCACUUUUCAUUUCUCAGACUUUAAUCUUUUUCUUUCUUUCUUCUUUCCUUGUCUUCCUUCCACUUUUCAUCCUAAAAUCUGCUACUAAUAUUCAAUGUUGCGUCACCACUGGUUCUCCAGGUAUAGCUUUGCAAUCCAUUACAAGACGUUUGUCUUCUCUUCUUACCAGGAUAUGUAGUCAAUCUGUGUCUCAUUCUGACCGCUUUUAUAUGUAAUUAGAUGGCUUUGUCUCUUCUUGAACCAAGUAUUCAAUAUUGUAAUUUCUGCUGCUUCUGCCAUUUCCAGCAAUCGCUCUUCUUCUACAUUUCGUCUUCCGAAACCCAUUCCACCAUGGACUCCUUCAUAUCCAUUACCACUUUCUCCUACAUGUGCAUUCAUGUCUCCAGCUAUUACUAUUAAUUCUGUUCGUGCUAUACUUUAUAUAUACUCCUCAAGCUUUUUUCUCUAAAUUCCUCUUUCUCCUCAUCUCUGCAAGUCUGCUAAGGUGCAUAUGCAGAUACAAUAUGCCAUAUUUUUUCCGUCUCUGAUUAGUUUCAUUCCCAUUAGCCUGUCAUUAACUCUUUUAACUUCAGUAACCUGUUCCUGUACAUCUGGAUGAAGAAUAAUGCCCACUCCAUUUUUCUUUGUACAUUCUUCAGCAUAAUACACUUUGUAUCCUCCUCCUAUUUUUCUAGCACUGUUUCCUUUCCAUUUAGUUUCCUGGAUGCACAAGAUUUUGGUAUUCGUUCUCUGCAUUACAUCCACUAGCUCUCUUCCUUUACCUGUAAGACUUCCUAUGUUCCAGUUGCCUAUUCUAAUUCUUGGCUUCUUUUUCCAGUUCUUGGUCUUGUUUCCCACUAUCUUCUUUAACUGCAGUCGUGGCUUCUGUGGUACCCUUUGCCCAUUUUCCACUGCAACCAGGGGUUGUUGCAGCGCGUCGCUUAAGGGGGACGCCCUAGCCAUACUAUUGUCCACAAAUAACUCGAGAUUCAUUAUUUAUGUUUGGUCUUGUUUUUGACGCUCGACUGACGAGACCUGUCAGCAACACUCCCCAUUUAUCCGGGCUUGUGACCGGCACUGAGUUGGGCUGGCUUGCCGCCACAGAGGCUGGGUUGGAAUCAGUUUUUAGUAUUACUUUGCAAUCAUCGCCACAGUCGCGGCUGGUUGAGGUGAUAACAAACCAUGCACAACCUCUGCUCCGCUUUUCACUAUUAAUGUUCGUUUUUUUUUCUCUCUCUCUCUCUCUCUCUUUUCUUCUUGUUUUUCGGUUCUCCUUCUACUUUUCCUAGUCUAUCGGGCUAAGACGGUGCCUCCUAACGAGGAACUUUGGAUUUGGCAUUUGGGAACCGUCAUCUCAAGUGGAUGCCUUUUCUACCUUCGGACCGUGGCAAGCCGUGGCCAGGAUUUGAACAUGUGCACUUGAGCCCCUAAAGCGCGCGCGAUCCUACUGUACCAAAGCGGUCCCCUCUUCUUUCGGCUGCUCCCAUUCAGGGGUCGCCACAGCGGAUCACUCUUCUCCAAUGCACUCGAUCUUCUACGCCUUCCUCUGUCAAGCCCACCACUUGCAUGUCUCCCUUCACAGCAUCCAUAAACCUUCUCUUUGGUCUCCCUCUCUUCCUCCUGCCAGGUAGAUCCAUGUCCAGCAUCCUCCUCCCCACAUACCCCUCGUCACUCCUCCUGACAUGUCCAAACCACCUCAGCCUAGCCUCCUUUGCUUUGUCUCCAAACCGACGUACGUGUCUUGUUCCUCUGAUGUGAUCAUUUCUAAUUUAAUCCAUCCUCGUCACUCCAAGAGCAAAUCGCAACAUUUUCAAUUCCGCCUGUACCAAGGCGGUCCCCAACGCUCGAUAUUCGUACAAUUGCCAAAAGUUUCUUUUUUUUCCUCUGCUUUCUUCUUUCUUCCUUUCUUUUAUUUAUUUAUUUAUUUAUUUAUUCAUUAUAUUUUUACGCGUUAGGGAGACUGUCCAAAGCUUUAAAAAGUGAAAAAAAAGUCCUAAUGCAACUUCCGAAAAGAAACUACAGAGAACCAAAAGAGUUAGCCAUCAAGGUGUCCUGCUAUUCCUCCUCUGAAACAAGUUCAAGUCAUAGGAAGAAGAAUAAGUAGAACCAGAGAUGAACAGAAUAGGGAUGACUGAGUAGAAAGUUUCGUGCAGCAAGACUGUGGGGGGGGAAGAGGCUUACAGUUGGUGAGUUCAGAAAAAUAGUAACCAUGGAAAUAACAGCAGAAGAUGGUGAGAGAUGCAUCUUUGCAGUGGUGAGUGAGACAAUGAAGUCAAUUUGUUAAAAGAAAUUAGUUUAUGAGACGAAAGGCUUUUGAUUCCUCCACUGAAGAAGUUGGAAUAGUUGAGCGUCAUUGAAGAAGCGAGGGUAAUUGUCACAAACGUUGCGUCAAGUGGGCAGAUUAAAAAAAAGGAAACGAGUUUCUGAGGCAAUGAACACUGCAAGGUAUGCUUUGCCUUAUUCUGAAAUCAUAGUAAAAUCAUAAGUUAGACUAUAUGCCUUAUCUGUGUGAUCUGUUUAAUUCUUGCUGAGUUGAAUAUCCAGCAAAUGAUGUAGAGAAAUGCAGGUUAGAGUCAUCAGCUUGAAAGUGGAUAUGACAGGAAGUAUGAAUGACAGUUGACUCAACGGCUGGUUCUCGAUGCUUAAUAUUGACCACAGUGAAUGAUUAUGAUAGUACUUCUAUAGCCUAGGAUUUUGUCAGAUACCAUGUAAUAGCACUUCAAUACUGUCAGAAUUUGUUAGAUGAAAUAGUGAUAGUGUUUUAGUAAAACAUGUAUGAUCUCUUGUAUUGUACUUAUGUUAUUUUGUGUGUGUUUGACCUCCCCAUCAAAGCUUAUAACACUCAAAUGUGCAAUAGACCUAUAUGCUUC